CUGCAGAAAAAGGGAUUGUCAAAAAUAACACUCAGGCAUGGGAUAUUGCGAUUUAUAAAAUUAAACGCGGAGAUUUAAAAAAUUGGCAAGGCGAGAUGCGCUGACUUGAAGCCGUCGGUUUGCUUGUUUUAUUCCUGCGCUUCUUGUUUUCCUUUACUUGUUUCUUUACUAACCAUGUCAGGACUGACAAUUUUUCAUAAUCCGCGUUGUUCCAAGUCCAAGUGCGCGUUGGAUUUCCUUGAAGAGCAGCGAAAGCAGGAAGGUUUUCAUUUAGAAGUGGUGCAGUAUCAGAAAGACCCGCCUUCCCGUCAAGUGAUUCAGCAGUUGGCCGAUUUUCUAGGUUUAACUGCCAAGGACGAACUUACUAAACCAUGGGAUCUAUUGAUGCGUCCUGAAGCCAAGAAUAAAGUGAAUUCCUGGAACGAUGCCUACGACCUGUUGGAAAAAAAUCCCGCUCUACUAGAACGACCUUUUGUCAUUGACUGGGACCAACGCAAAGCAGCAUUAGGUCGCCCCGAAUUGUCCGCCAUUCAAGAACUCGUCGAAGAACAUCAAAAACUCACUAAAUAGUAAUAAAAACUCGCUGAAUAAUAAAAUAAGAGAGCAUGUUACAUACGUUGUCCCACGUUUUGGACAGUGCAGGCUUAAAAA